AUGGCAAUUACUGGUGUGGCUGUCGCCGGUGGCACCGGUAACCUCGGACCAGCCAUUAUCACUCAACUCCUCGACGCCGGAUUCCAAGUCACCAUCCUCAGCCGCUCGGAGUCUCAUCAAGUCGAUUCCCGCGCCAAAGUCCAAAUCGUCGACUACGCCUCCCUAGACUCUCUUGUCGCCGCCCUAAAAGACCAAGACGCCGUCGUCAACGCCCUCAGCGUCGGCAUCGUCCCCCGCGACAUUCACCUGCGCCUCGUGGAAGCAGCCCAAACCGCAGGCAUCCAGCGAUACAUCCCAUCCGAGUUUGGCUCCAACACCGGCAACCCGUUAACCGCCCAGCUGCCCGUCUUCGGCGACAAGGUAGCCGUUCUCCAGAAACUGGAGGAAGUCAGCAAGCAGGAUGGCGCGUUUAGCUGGACUGCAGUGAUCAACGGACCCUUCUUCGACUGGGGUCUUGAAAAUAAGUUUAUUAUCAACCUCCAGGGUCCGUCGACACGUAUCUUUGACGGCGGCGAUGUCCCCGUCAGCAGUACCACGCUGGCAAGUGUUGGACGAGCCGUGGCCGGAGUGUUGAAGCAUCCCGAGGAAACUAAGAAUCGGUCUGUCUUUGUUUCUGAUGUGCAGUUCACUCAGAAUCAGCUUUUGGAGUUGUCUGGUAAUGCAGAUAAGAUUCAGCGAGAGGAUGUUAAGACGGAGGAUGUGGAGAAGCAGGCUUAUGAAGCUCUGAAACAGUCUCCUCCUGAUGGGAGGGCGUUUGCUACUAAUCUUAUCCUGCGGGCUAUUUAUGGUGGUAAAUAUGGGGCUUUGUUUAGCAAGACUGAUAAUGAGUUGUUGGGUGUUCAGAAGUUGUCGGAGGCUGAGGUUGCGGAUGUGGUGAAGAAGUAUGCUUAA